AUGGCCGCGGCGCCGUCGUCCCUCGCGUCCUCCCACCUCUCCCGCGUAGCUGACCUCCGCCGCGCCGCGGCGGUGGCCAUUCCCGCCGUCCCACAGCAGCUUCGCAUCGGCUGUUCGCGCCGCCGCGCCCAGCGCGUCGUCGCCAUGGCUGGAUCCGGCAAGUUCUUCGUCGGAGGCAACUGGAAGUGCAAUGGAACAAAGGACUCCAUUAGCAAGCUUGUCUCUGAAUUGAAUGCUGCUACACUCGAAACUGAUGUAGAUGUUGUGGUGGCACCUCCAUUCAUCUAUAUCGAUCAGGUCAAGAAUUCACUAACUGGUCGCAUUGAGGUUUCUGCUCAGAAUGUGUGGAUUGGAAAAGGAGGAGCCUACACCGGAGAGAUCAGUGCAGAACAAUUGGUGGACAUCGGUGUUCAAUGGGUUAUUCUUGGACACUCUGAGCGUAGGCAUAUUAUUGGUGAAGAUGACGAGUUUAUUGGGAAGAAGGCUGCAUAUGCAUUGAGCCAAAAUGUUAAGCUUAUUGCCUGCAUAGGAGAGCUGCUGGAAGAGAGGGAAGCAGGGAAAACUUUUGAUGUAUGUUUUAAGCAGAUGAAGGCUUUUGCAGAUAGUAUUUCAAAUUGGGCCGAUGUUGUAAUUGCAUAUGAGCCUGUUUGGGCUAUUGGAACUGGAAAAGUUGCUACUCCUGAGCAGGCCCAGGAAGUUCAUGCCGCUGUACGCGAUUGGUUGAAGACCAACGUAUCACCUGAAGUUGCCUCUAGCACUCGAAUAAUCUAUGGAGGUUCUGUGAAUGCAGCCAAUUGCGCAGAGCUAGCAAAGAAAGAAGAUAUUGAUGGUUUUCUUGUUGGUGGUGCCUCCUUGAAGUGGCUGCUGUUUGUAGCUCUUAAAACUCCUCUUGCAAAUUUCAUUACGCACUUCCAAAUCUCAAUGGUGUUUAAACAGGACUAUGUAUAUUGA